UGUCUGCAGUGACUGAACUAGAGUUUCUUUUUAUAAUUAUUUCUUUUUAUUUAUUUUCCGUUUACAUUUAAUGAGGUAGACGAGACGGUGCACUGCACGUUAGAAACUGUCAACGUCGCGUGUUAAUCAAUGCUAAUAACUCUUGCAUUUCGUCUCUUAUCUACUUAGAAAAAGUAUCUGUGAUAUGUUUUAUUAAGGCGAUAUUUUUUAUUGUAUAGGAAAUAAUGUGUCAUUAUAUGUUACCAGGAGAUAUAAUACGAUUAAAUGUUGGAGGAACAAGGUUAGCAACAUCCCGACAGACAUUGACAUGGGUACCCGAUUCCUUUUUUACAAGUAUGCUGAGUGGAAGAAUAUCGACACUAAAAGAUGAAACUGGUGCAAUAUUCAUUGACAGAGAUCCUAAAUUAUUUAAUAUCAUUUUAAAUUUUAUGAGGACAAAAGAUGUUGAUUUAAGUAAUGUAGAUAUAAGCACUUUGAGGCAUGAAGCUGAAUUUUAUGGAAUAUCACCUCUUGUUAAAAGAUUAAUACUAUGUGAAGAUCUCAAUCAUUCCUCUUGUGGUGAUGUUUUGUUUCAUGGAUAUUUACCUCCUGCAGCUGUCCCACCUAAUGAUCACCAGCUUCCUAAAAAUACAGACAAAAAAGAAUCACUUGCAGCUCGAACAGAUAAUCCUAGUUCAUCUUCAGCAACUUCAUCUGGUAGUGGAAGUAAUUCUUCUACUUCUGAAUCAAGGCCUGGUUUAGUGUUUCGAAUUAUGUCCGAUCAUUCUCAUCAAAGAACUGCAUCAGUAUCAUUAUCAAGAACAUCUGAGGGUUGGCCUGCAUCUUCCUCUUUAUCUCGCAGUUCCUCAGAUAUAAGAAAUAUUGGUCGUAGACAUUCUAGAGCAUCGUCUUUAGACAUGCGUCACUCCAGAAAUUCUUCUGCUGAUUUGAAUAAAACUUUUAAAAUUGACUUUGGUUCAUUUUUCAACACUCAUGGUGCUUACAGCUGGGCAGAUCCUCUUCGUGUACGCAUUGUUAAAGGUCACCAUAACUGGAUAGCUGUAGCAUAUGCUCAUUUUGUUUGUUGUUAUAGAUUACGAGACUCUGCUGGGUGGCAAUUAGCUUUCAUGAGUCCAUAUAUAGAGCCUGUUGUUGAUAGAAUAGCUUUGAAUGCAAAAGUUAUAGUUUCUAAUCCUGCUGAAAAUAGUACAAAAAUGUUAGCAAUAUCAUACAAUACACAAGUGAGGCUUUGGGGGAUUUCAGACGAUGGAUCAAAAUCUGACAUUGGGACAUUCCAGUUCACUGUCUCUGUGGAUCACUUAUUUUUCAUAGGAAGUCAAUUGGUAGCUUUAAGUCAUACUGGUAAAGUAGGUGUGUGGCAUGCAAUGACUCAGCACUGGCAGAUUCAAGAUGUGAUUCCAAUUACUAGUUUUGAUACUGCUGGCUCAUUCUUAUUAUUAGGAUGCAAUAAUGGAUCUAUAUAUUAUAUUGAUAUGCAGAAAUUUCCUCUUCGUAUGAAAGACAACGAUCUCCUUGUCACAGAGUUAUACCAUGAUCCAUCCAACGACAUUAUUACAGCGAUCAGCGUUUAUUUAACGCCUAAAACUAGUCUUUGUGGCAAUUGGAUAGAAAUUGCGUAUGGUACAAGUUCUGGAACAGUUCGAGUAAUAGUUCAACAUCCUGAAACUGUUGGACAUGGUCCUCAAUUAUUUCAAACUUUUACUGUCCAUCGAAGUCCUGUGACUAAAGUUGUUUUAUCUGAAAAGUUUCUUAUAUCAGUAUGUUCUGAAUACAAUCAUGCAAGAACGUGGAGUGUUACUAGAUUCCGUGGGAUGAUUUCCACUCAGCCUGGUUCAACACCUUUAGCUUCCUUUAAAGUAAUCUCUCUGGAAGAAAUGGAGCCGAAUAUUAGUUAUAGUGCUGGAAAUGACAGUGGACCAUAUGGAGAGCAAGAUGAUGAGCAAGUGUUUAUUCAGAAAGUUGUUCCUGAGACUGAUCAGCUUUAUGUUCGUUAUGCAUCUACUGGGAAAAGGAUAUGCAUUAUAAAAUCUGUAGAUGGUACGUCAAUAACUGCCUUUUGUGUUCAUGAAUGUGAAGGGUCCAAUCGAAUGGGAUCUAGACCGAGACGAUAUAUUUUUACUGGUCAUAGUAAUGGAGCUAUUCAGAUGUGGGAUCUCACAACUGCAUUGGAUUUAGCAACAAAAGGAGGAGAAUUAUCUUCCAAUUUAACUGGAGGACCAUCUCCAUUGGAAAUGAUUCGCUUACUUGACCAGUGUGAUCUUACUAACUCUCAUUGUUCUACUCCUUGUAUUAGUCCAUCAGUCGGAAAUGCAGGAACAAGUACGCGUUUGAAAGCAUCUAAUGUUGCAUUUUUAUGCCAUCAAGCAAAAUCCUUGUCAGAAAAAGAGGCAUCAGAAGUAGAUCAAGAAGAAAGAGUUGUGCAUUAUUAGCUCAGUCUUUAAAUUGAUGUGUUCAAAAAUAUUUUUAUAAAUGCAUUAUUUAUGGUUUUGUGUUUAAUAGAAUUAUUUAUAAAUGUGAUAUUUAUGUAAUGACGUAAAAAUCUACUUUCUAUUUAUCGUAUUUCUGUUCUAUAUAAGUUUUGUAUUUUAAAUAAGCAGAAUAUCAUUAUUUUGUACAUCAAGGCUUGUGAUAAAUGAAAGAUCUUUUCUAGUACAAUUCAUGUGCUGUUGGACUUUUUUUCUAUUAAAUACUUUUUAAACUGAAAAUGAACCCUUUCUAAAUUAAAAGAAAUUACAUUUCUAAAAUUGCAUGAAUAUUUUAAAUUAAUCUAACAAAGUUAAAUAAAACUGCAAUCUUCAAUAUUUAUCUGUCUGUGCAAUCGGUUGCUAUACCCCUUCCCUCUAAUGUUGAAACAAAAUAUUGCCAUCCUUUGCGUCAAUAUUUUGUCCUCUACUAUGUUAAAUUUUAGGUCUUUCCUCAAUUCAAGAAGAGCAUGAGUAAUUUUCUGUUAGGGAUUCAUGAAUUAGGCCGCGAAUAUUACAAAAUUGCCUGUCAUUGGUCUGAAAUCAAUUUUAUUAACUAAACUGAGGGGGAGGGGAACAACUGCAAAAUUUUUACCUUUUGGCCUGAGAAUUGAACAAUGACAUUUUAUUCUGUUUAGAAAUAAUUAAAUGAGGUGUUCAUUAGAAUAAGAGGGUAUUGGUGUAUUAAAUUCAAUUCUCUGUGGCUUUUAAUGUUUAAUAAAGUCAUUGAAAUUGCAAAAAGCUAUAAGUGUUUCUAUUCUGAUGUAUAUAAAGCUAUUGACCUCAAAGCAAAAAAUAUAUUGGUUAAAGGUAUAGACGUUUCCCCCUCCAAAUCUCUGUACAUGGAGGGACAAAAUUACUUAUGUGUAAUGAAUAAUAUUCAUAUUUAAAUCUUUGGCUUGAACCUCGCGACUAACACAAGUUAAAAGAGAAGAGCACUUUAGUUAUUUAACCCUCCCGUUGAAAGCGACGGCAUGCAGUACAGUACAGUAUCGUUUGAGAGGAGUGGCAUAUGGCAUAAUUUUUCUGUCUUCUGCUUCAAGUUUACUCCUAUUUAUCUUCGUUUUUUUAUAUAUAUAUUUAUUCAGGAAUCGAACUGAAAGCCGAAAAAGGAGAAAAGAAUUUUCUUAAAAUGAAAUCCACAAAACUGAAAAAUUGCAUCAUGAGUUGGGUUAUUUUCUACAUAAAAAUUGAAGGAAAAAUUUAGAAUUUACAUAUGAUGAAUCUUUUGUAUAAAAAGAAUAUGAGUAGACCUGAAGAUGAUGAAAACGAAAGCGAAAACAUUUUUUAAGCCUUAUUCAUCCUAAGAUUGCUCAAUCUGAAGAAGAUCUGUUCUUAAGAUUGCUCAACAUCUUUCGAAUACAUGCACUGUCUUGCCCAGAUGAUUUUUGUUAGUGAAAUCAGAUGCAUUGUACUCGGGAGAUUUAAACAAAGGCUAAAGCAAUGGUUGUGUAUUAUAACACUCAAACACUUUAUAUUACUACUUUCCAGGUUUUGCCGGUUUUAAAUUAUUGAGAAUGUGAAGCAAUCAUCACCUACUUUAUAAUUACGGUAG